AUGCUGCCUGCCAAAUCCCAGGUUCUCCCUAGCAGAAGAGACGAUAGAGUGAUACUACAUUUCGAUUAUGACUGCUUUUACGCUUCGGUUUUUGAAGCUGAAAAUCCAACCCUGAAAGCGGAGCCUCUGGCUGUACAACAAAAGCAAAUCAUCGUCACCUGCAACUACGAAGCCCGGCGAAGAGGGCUGCGCAAACUACAGCUCAUAAAGGAUGCUCGCCGAAUAUGCCCAGAUGUGAUCAUAGUGCUUGGUGAAGACAUCAGCCGAUUUCGAGAUGCAAGCAAGACGCUGUAUCAAUUCCUUCGCAGCUUCUCCUGGAAUGACAGAGCAGAGAGACUAGGGUUUGAUGAGGUGUGGCUUGAUAUCACUGACAUGAUUGAGUACAACAUUUCUCUGUUGAAUCCGCAUGAUCUGGUUCAAUCGUUCUUUGUUCUGCAGAAGGACGAUCCUACCCAAGGGUUUGCUUUCAAUGCUACCUGCUACGCGGGUCCCACGGUACCGGACAAUGCGUCUACAAACGAUGAACCCUUGUCCUUGAGGCUAAAGCUGGGCUCUCAUCUGGCAUUUUACAUCCGCACCGAGCUUGAAAGGAGGACUGGGUACACGUCAACUGUCGGUAUAUCGACCUCCAAGCUCCUGUCCAAGCUGGUCGGCAACAUGCACAAACCUAAGGAUCAGACGACGCUCAUACCUCCAUAUGCUUGUCAAGAAGGACAGGUAAGCAACGUCGAAUCCUUCAUCGACGACUAUGAAAUCGGCAAGAUUCCUGGUAUUGGAUCCAAGCUUGCUCAUAGGAUACGCCAACAUAUUUUACAACAUGAACCAGACUUUGAGAAAGGUCUCGUUUAUGGAGAGACCAAGGAGAAUGUCACCGUGAAGGAAGUUCGUCUUGCCGAAGGUAUGAGUCCAGAGACACUGGACAAAGUACUGGCCGGUCCCGGCUCUCCUCAUGGUAUCGGCAUCAAGAUGUGGGCACUCUUGCACGGCGUGGACGACACAGAAGUGAGCUUUGCAAAAGCUGUGCCCAGUCAGAUAAGCAUUGAAGACAGUUAUAUUCGCCUCGAUACUCUGCCUGAACUGUUGAAGCAGCUCAAGAUGUUGAGCUGCCGUCUCAUAGAACGGAUGCGUAUUGACCUUGUCACCUCUGACGAUUCGAGGAUCAGAUUGCCAGGCAAAUGGCUGGCUCAUCCAAAAACCAUCCGCUUGUCUACCAGACCUCGUCUGCCUCUGAAUCCAGACGGCACGCGAUCACGAAGCUUCAAGCGCAUCUCACACUCUGCUCCAUUGCCAAACUACGUUCUUUCUUUGACAGACAAUAUUGAUGUACUUGCGGAGAGACUUGUUAAUGACACACUCAUAGCAAUGUUCAGGAAGCUGCAUCCAGAGAAAGCUGGUUGGAACCUGAGUCUGGUAAACCUCGCUGUGACGAAUAUGGCGGAAGCAGGCGGUGAGAGCAAGACUGCCAACGGUCGCGACAUCAGCAGCAUGUUCAAGCGUCAAGAGAGUGUGCACAAGGAGUUCACUGCCUAUGCUGAUGAGCAAUCGACACCCCAGGCAGAGUUGGUCCCACGGACCAAGAUGGAAGAGGGAUAUUCUCAUCUUGUUGACUCAACUGUCGAACUGGAAGACAACAGUUGGGUGGAAGAAGAGGACGAGGACAACGAAAGAUGUGGCAUCUGUGGCAUGUCAGUACCAUUAUUUGCUAUGCAAGCUCACAUGAGAUUCCACGAGGUCGAUAGAUGA